UGCGAUCAGUUCUACGACUGCCGCCAAACCGAUCGGUGGCACUUUUGUUUGCGUUGCACGGCGAGAUCAGUCGGGAAGUGAUCAGUUUUCAGUACAUUUUAGUCGGGUACGAAGGGCUCGCAAAUGCAAGCCAUGAUUUGGGUACUGCUGUUUGCUGCUCUAGCAGCGCAAGUUUCCUCCCAAGGAUUCACCGGAAGUUUGGUGGUAACCAAGGACGCUUACUGCGAGAAAAACAAUAUCGGACCCCUUAAGGAGUGCGCCAAACAAUUCAAGGCGUUCCUCAGCGAACGUCCAGAGCUGAGAAGAUGCCACCGAAUAUGUCCCAUCUACUCGGAUAAUUGUGAAACGUUGCCGCUGGAGUACAUGGCCUGUGGCGGCGAUGGUGUAAACUCGAGGGACCCUUUCAGGGAGCCGAAACCAUCGACCGUACCGCUCCACACUAAGAUCACGAAUUUUACGCUAGAGCUUUUCAAAAAGGCCCUUCCUAAGGGAUAUGAUCAGAACUACAUUCUGAGCCCGGUUCUGGUGCAGUCACUGCUGUCCUACCUGACCGAGGGAGCAUCGGAUGAAACGCAGACCGCUAUGGAAGCCGUGUUAAAACUGAACAGCAAUGAUCUGGAGAAUCUUAAACGCUCCCUCGAGCCGUCGGCUGAGGUACAGACUCCCGCGAAGAUCAAACUUGAUAUAGCCUCUCAGAUUUUCCGAUCGAGUCGCGUCGAGCUACUGAAUCCCUUCAGGCAGUCCCUCAAGGAUAAGAAGGUGACUGUGGACGAAAUCGAUUUCUCGAAUCAAGAGUUGGCUGCGAAACAAAUCAACGAUUGGGUGACCCAGAAAACGCGUGGAAAAAUCAAUGGAGCCGUCGAUGCAGCUUCGUUGAAUCCGGACACCAAGCUCAUGCUGCUGAAUGCUCUCUACUUCAACGGUACAUGGCAGUACAGGUUCAACAAAACCGUGAACGACGUUUUCCAUGUGGGCGAGAACGAACAAUCUUCCGUCCGGAUGAUGCAUCUUACCCGUCAUUUGCGUAGCGGAUACACUCGGGUCGAGAAGGGCUGGGAUUCGGUCAACGGAUUCUCGUGGGUCGAGCUGCCGUACGACGGUGACACUUUUUCGAUGAUCAUCCUUAUGCCGAAAGAACGCUUCCAGCUGGACCGAGAGUUGGAAAAGUUCAACGAGGCCGACUUGGCGUACAUUCUGUCGGAAAUUGCGCAGAACUACCAAGACGAAGUGAAACUGAGGGUUCCCGAAUUUAAAGCUGAAAGCACGGUUUCGUUGGUGGAACCGCUUAAGCAGAUGGGCCUCAGCAGUGUCUUCGACGGGGAAAAUCCGUUCGAUAAGGUAUCUAAAGAUGUCGUGAAAGUGUCGGAAGUGAAGCAGAAGUCCUACCUGGCCGUCAACGAACGCGGAACCGUAGCAACCAGCGUUACUUUCGCCGCCGUCGUUGCCCUGAGCCUCCCUCGGUCCACGCUGUUUAAGGUUGAUCAACCGUUCGCUGCGAUCAUCAUCGACAAGCAAAAUAGAUUGCCUUUGUUCCUGGCAAAAAUUUGUAAGCCGGAGAAGUACAAAGAAGAAAGUGCAUAAAUAACAGUCAUUUAAUCGGCGGAUAAAAAGUCCAAUUAAAAUUCUUUUUCCAAAUAAAUUUUGAAUUCUAAUUU